CCCUUAAAGCAAAAAUUUAUAUUUCAAAUUAGAGUGUCUUUUUUUUUUCUUUUUCUCUUUUCUCUUUUCUCCUUUCUCUCUACUAUUACUUUUUUAUUUUAAUAUUUCAAGCAAGAAUGGCACAUAGAUUAGGAGGACGAAGAAAAAAUGUCAAAAAGGGUUUCCAGUUUACAUUAAUGGUUGUAGGUGCAUCAGGAACAGGCCGUACUACUUUUGUAAAUACAUUAUGUGAUUCAAAUGUGUUAUCAAAAAAGAUAUGUGAUAAUCCAGAGGAAGCGCAUAAAGAAGAAGGAAUUACAAUCAAACCAGUAUCUGUGGAAUUAGAUGAGGAUGGUGUUAGAAUCUCCCUAACUAUUGUUGAUACGCCUGGAUUUGGUGAUAAUAUUGAUAAUGAAAAAUGUUUUCAGGAGAUUGUAGGCUAUUUAGAAACUCAAUAUGAUGAUAUCUUAGCAGAAGAAUCUCGAAUUAAACGUAACCCUCGCUUCCGUGAUAAUCGAGUUCAUGCACUUUUAUAUUUCAUUUCACCUACUGGUCACGCUUUACGUGAAAUUGAUAUUGAAUUAAUGCGACGCUUGAGUCCUCGAGUCAAUGUUAUCCCUGUUAUUGGUCGUGCUGAUUCACUUACUCCUCAAGAGCUUUCAGAUUUCAAACGAAGAAUUAUGGAAGAUAUCGAACAUUAUAAUAUUCGUAUUUAUAACUUUCCUUAUGAUGUUGAAGAAGAUGAUGAAGAUACUAUUGAAGAAAAUAAUGAAUUAAGAACACUUUUACCGUUUGCUAUUAUUGGUAGUGAUGAAGAAAUUACUGUCCAUAAUCGGUCUGUACGUGGAAGACAAUACCCAUGGGGCGCUGUAGAAGUUGAUAACCCUGAGCAUUCUGAUUUUGCUCGUUUAAGAUCUGCCCUUUUAAGUUCUCAUUUACAGGAUCUUAAAGAAAUUACGCAUGAUAUUUUAUACGAAAACUAUCGUACUGAAAAGCUUAGUCGUACUGCGAAUAGAGGAAACCAUGGAAAUACUUCUAUGAAUGUUGAUGACAUGGCUGGACAAAGUGUACGAUUGAAAGAAGAACAUUUAAGAAAAGAAGAAGAAAAGCUUCGUGCUAUUGAAUUAAAAGUUCAACGUGAAAUUCAAGAAAAGAGAGCUGAAUUAAUGAAUAAAGAAGAAGCAUUACGUAGUUUAGAAGCAAGACUUUCACAAGCACAAUUAACUGACGCUUAA